UUCCGUUUAAGCACGAACAUUUUGUUUCCAAAAUAUGUACGUUAAAAUGAUGUGGUUUCUAAGCUGAAGAACAGACAUAAAAGUCAGUGAUGUGCGGUCAAAAUCGUAUAAAAAAUAUACAACUUUAAAGUUUAAUUUAAAAUACAAUACUAAUUAUCAGUCGAACGUUGUACGUUAUAUUCACAAUAAAAAAAUUAUUGCGAAUACAAAUUUUAUCUAACGUCUUACCGAAUUGACCAAUUUUACUUUGACAUCGUUUUUAACACGUUCUUCGCAAUGGCUGAAAAGAGCGUACAAAACAGUCAAGCGACAGUGAAGACGAAAGAUGCCGAAGUCGAUAUCUAUAUGAAUGUCGCUAAAUUCGAAGAAGAGCAAGCAUGUAAUCGUGAUGAAAAUAAAGAUUCAUCGAUUUAUUUUAACACUUUACACAAGUGGCAAGAUAUAAUGAAGUGGACCAAUGAAUUAAAAACUAAAGAAAACCCCUCAAAAGAAAAACUCGAAGAAUAUAGAAACAAUGCAAUUCAUUUGUUUUUAAUAUUAAAAAAAUUAAACAGAUUGGAUAAAAUUCGGUCGAAACAAAAGAAAGAUAUACUCAACAAGAAAAAACAAGAAAUAGACAGUAAACAUUUACAGCAAGAAAACCUGUUGAACGAACUUUUCUAUCUGAAAAAAGAAAUUUCCAAAUGUCUUCAGUACAAGUCGAGCGAUAGUGAUAUAGAUCUUAUUCCUGUAGACGUGUUUUGUCGAGAAGCAAAUAUAUCGGUUGAAGAUAAGGUGCGUGAUCGCAAUGAAAAAAUACAAAAUAGCACAAUGAACGAACACGAACUGCACGUGAAACGUUUGCAAUGGGAACUCGAACAAAGACAAACUCAACAAAAACAAUGUGAAGAGGUUGAAAAAAAUAAAGAAAUCAUACUUGCCGAAAUACAAGAAGAAAGUAGAAUUUUACAAAGCAUAUUGCCUAUGCUCAAAGAUAUACGUACGGCUUCUUUACCUCUUCAACAAAGUUUUGGAUUACCGCCCUGUCAAGUCAAAUCAUACCCAGACGUUGUGAACCUAUUGCCGAAACCGUUAUAUUAUUUGUACAUACAAGCGGACGCAUUCAGAGAAGCCAGUAAUAAACAUUUUAUUGUUUCUACAAACGGCGAUGAAGAAGAAGCCAGGCGAUUCGAAACAAAUAAAAAUCAGAUUAACGAAGUUAACUCUGAUGAGGAAAUAGACGUGCCGAAACCGAAAAAACGACAUCAUAAAAAAUCUCGAACGGAUUCUAAAUCUGUACAACAACGCAGCGUACUCGCCAAACAUCCUCUGUCCGUCAAGUUGACUUUAAAUUUGAAAAACAACACGGAAUUUGUCGUGGAAUUUUUCUACUUGGCCAAUUUGAACGUCAUCACAGUGGUCGUUACGUCGUCUUGGUCAGGCUUUUCAUCGUCUUAUUCGCGAGAGUUGCUCUCGCCGAUAACCAUUCUCGACUCAUUGUUUUCUGGCGAUGACGGAGCCGAAAGUCCAAACAUAGUCAACUAUCAUCAGUUAGAUCAGAUGACAUCGGAAUUCAACACGUUAGACGUAGGCAAACCUUACGUUUGGGCUCAAAACAUAUGCGGUUUGAAUUUUUUGAAUCCCAAUAAACCGGACUAUAUACUUUCGAGAAAUCACGUGUCUCGGGUGUUGAAAGCCAUUAACAAUCGUCUACAGACUCGACUCUCGUUGAUAUCCCAACUCGAUUGUGGCGACUUGGAACGCAGAUUCGGCAUAAACGGAGUAAAUUUGACUUCCGUUCUGUCGCCUUGGAACACUAUGACGUGGGACAAUUACAAUAAACUGCCAUACUGUAAACCACACGUCGAAUCGGAAUCAGUGUCCGAACAAGAUUUGUUAUUUAAACGCGUGGUGAACUACAAAACAGCGGCUUUGACAGUUGUCAUGGCUAUUAAAUGCGAUUACCCGAGUAGUACUCCUGUAUUUGCUCUUCAACUCAACAUGCCGACUCACAAUGAAGGCACGUCCGUACUGAAUUCGACCAACAACAACUCUAUUCGAGAACUGGAAAGAGAAAUAAACGUUUUCAACGAACAAAGUGAAGACGACGACGUCAAUGAAUUACUGAUAAACAUAAUCGGCCGCCUUGUCGUAUGUUUCGAAGUAAUGAUGGAGACGUGGGGCCACGCAGACUUCCCUAAAACCAAAACGGUUCUAUACAACAUUAGAGGCAGAACCAGAAGUCAUCCAUUCAAAGCUGUUAAACACCAUUCGGGAACGUUAUUUGAACACCGUAAUUCGUCGUGAACUCUCUAUCGAUUAAAUACAAUACAAUAGUGUCAUGCGAGUUUGUCGAGUACAUACUUAUUUUAUAUUUUUUGAUCUUUCAAUACAAU